AGUAUAGUUUUGCGCGUUGCGCGCGCAUCGCAUCUGCCCGACCGACCGAUUAUGGCGGACAGGCAGUGAAGAAUGUUUGUCGUCUUUUCUAAAUCAGAAAGUAUCGACAGCAGCCAAUGGCAUAAACCGGGUUUUUUGUAAAAAUUGUACAUUGUAAAUAGUUCUGUGUACAUAUAGUAAUUAUAUUUGUGCUCGUUUUGUUUAGAAAUUGUGUGAAUAGUGUAUUAUUUUGAGUGUUUAUCCAGUUCAGUUUUAGACGCCGACAAAUCGCUAAAUCCUAACGUUAGUACAUUAGUUAAACCCAUAUAACUUCUAAAUUCUAAAAUUCUGUGGUUCCGUAUUGUAAAAAUCAUUAAUUUUACUUCUUGUCUUUGUUUCGAUCCGUCAAGGAGACCGUUGCAGUAGAUGCAAUAUUUUGGUUUCCCUUAGCGGCUGUCAUCGUGCUUUGAUAGAACUACUGUCAUUACAAAGACAAAAAGACAGUUUUCGUUGCUACAUAAAUGUCUUCAAUAUCGAGAUCUGUUUGUUGUUUGUAGUUAAUUUUAUAAUGUAAAUCGGUUUAAUAACAGUCCUGCCCGUAUUAUUAUUGGUAGUAGCUCUACGUAACUACAAACGGAAAGAUCGCGAGACAUUUUGUGUUUACGGUUACGAGGGAUUGAACUAUUGUGAAACUGAAUGCUCGAACCUCACGGUAGCCCAAUGAAGUGGCCGGGAACGGCAGCCGAAGAAGAGGCGGGCGAAGCUGGGUUGCAGAGCACGCGCGCUUCUCAGGCUCGUAGCCAGGACGAUGCCACUGUGCAUUACGUGUUCCAACGUGAGCCACAAGAAGGCGAGCUGCCGUCUUUAGCGCCCAAACAACGCUGGGCCGUCGGGGACGAUACAAUUGCUGAGAAUCCAGAUAAAUGGAAGAAUACCAAUCCCAUGACCAUGAACAAUAUGCAUCAACAAGCUCAAGUUCAGCUUAAAAAUUCACAGACAAAUCAACAACAGUUUAUUAACCAGGCUAUAGCAUCAUCAGUUGGGACCUUGACCAUAAAUCCCUCAGUUAUUGGAAGUCAUCCAGCUCAUUUGACCACCAACAUGGUACAUACACAAUUGGCUCCAUUGCAAAAUCCAACACUUGGAAACAAUUUAAUACAAAACAGUGCAGUGAUGUUGCCACAGCUCCAAGGCAUGCAGAAUGCUCCACAACUUGGCCAACAAGGAUUGUAUGACAUACACCAACACCAUGGUAACAUAGCUAUUAAUGGUAUUGGGAAAAACUCUGAACACCUCAUGUAUUUGAGCCAAGCUGGGAUGCUGGCACCUGGAACUAAUCAAUUUCUUCAACAAGGACAAAAUCAACUUGGAUUAACACCAGUUGCUGCCAUCAGAAAUCAGAUUGCACCUGCUGCAAAAAAACUAUGGGAUAAAGGCCCCGGCGCUGGCGGCGACAGCAAGGGUCCUCCCCACCUGCCGCCGCUACAGUUGAACCCCGAGCAGAUGUGGCGUGAUCCGACCUGGUCCGCACAAGCUGUUGAACACAAUGUGGGCGUGCCGAUGAUGGGCACGCGCCGCGGUGUUGCCUUUCCUGGUGGAGACGCUGGCAGUAUCCUGUCGCCCCGAGACACCGCCGGGCUCGGCGUGAAGAUGGUUGAAUACGUCCUUGGAGGAUCGCCUACAGUUUCAUCAAGAAUUAAUUAUUCACAUCUCGUAGAAGCAGGUGGAGUUGCUACUGGUGGAGAAAAAGUUGCUGGUGUUGUGUCUGGUCUGCGCAGCAUGGCUUUAGAGGAGCGCCCUGAAGAUAAGUCGGCUUCGCCGUUUGAAAAGGAUCUGCAUGAAUUGCAUGAACAUGGAUCUCUUCCUAAUGGACUCCAUAAUGGGCAAGAAGACGACAAAGCUUUUAACCGCACGCCGGGCUCGCGGCAGCCGUCGCCGGCGGAGGAGGAGGCGGGCGGCGGCGUGCGCAACGGCGAGGCGCCCGCCUUCCCGCUGCUGCCGCCGCACGCGCUGCCGCAGCCGCAGCCGCAGCCGCUGCACCAUCUGCCGCAUCUCUCGCACCCACAGCAUCAUCCAGGAAUGUUAGGCGUGGCUCCUUUGCAAGGUCUGCCUCAUCCUCAACAUCCACAAAUACAUCCUGGUAUGACUCUAAACGACUCCAUGAAUCAACACAUUGAGCUCGUUUUACAAAUGGAACAGCAUCCACAAUUUGAUAACAACAGUUUCGCAAGCACACAACAGUACGGCGGCGGCGUGAGCGGCGUGGGCGGCGUGGGCGGCGCGAGCGGCGGGCCGGCGGGCGGCGUGGGGGGCGCGCCCGCCAGCCUCGUCAACGGCGCCUCCGUCGUGCAGCAGGCGCCCGACUCCUCGCAGCACCACCAGCCCUUCGACGUGCAGCAAUUGUUCCGGUCCCAGCAAGCCGCAGCGGCAGGUGGACAGGCAGCAGCCGCACAGCUGCAGCUCCUGCAGCAACAGCAACAGCAACAAUUUCAACUACAGCAACAAUUAGCCGCUCAGCAAGCUUUUACUCAAGCGCCGUACGUAAUAAACGCCGGUCAAGAAGGUGCACCGUACGUGAGCGCACUGAUAGCGGGCGUGCCGCCUUACUAUGGUGUAGCAGCACCCUGGGGCGUGUACCCUGGGCUUGUAGCGCAACCUGCACAGCAACAAGCGCAGCAGCCACGCCGACCACUGACUCCCCAGCAAGGGGAGCAGCAGGUGAACGGCCAGGGACAGUAUGUGAUCCCCUACUAUGAUCCUGGUUCAUUAGUGAUGGGAGGGCGAAAUGGCACGCCGCUUCGUCUUGUGUCUCCUGGCGGAGUGCUCGCACCGCGCCAGUACCAGCCCGCGCCCGCGCACCCUGCCGCCUCUGCCGCGCCGCCACAGGCCGCGCAGCCGCAGGCGCAGCAGCAGCAACCCGGCGCGGGCACGGCGCGUCGCGACUCUCUGGAAUUCGGCGGCGGAGGGCCGGCCGCGGCGCUGCAGGAGUAUGCGGCGCGCAAAUGGGGGCCCUCGCCGCUGUCACCGCCGCUGGGCGCCGCGCUCGGGCCCGUAGGGCUGCGGCCCGUGUCCGCCGCGCCUGGCGCCGAGACCGCAAAAGCCGUAAGCAGUUUAGCACAGGGUCUCACAUCUAACGGAAUGUUUGGAUCAUCCUCAUCACUCCUCAGUAAACUCAGCGGAGUAGGAACUAUAUCAGAGCUCGUCGGUGGCGGCGUAGGCGUGGGAGGAGUUAGCGUUGGCGUGGGUGGAGUGGGUGUUGGCGCGCUGGUAGGAGACAAGCCUCCAGCAGGCCGCUCUCGUCUGCUGGAAGAUUUCCGCAACAACCGCUUCCCCAACUUGCAGUUGAGAGAACUCGCGAACCACAUCGUAGAAUUUUCGCAAGACCAGCAUGGUUCAAGAUUUAUUCAACAAAAACUAGAGAGGGCCACAGUUCAAGAGAAGCAAAUGGUAUUCAAUGAAAUAAUUGGUGCAGCAUAUAGCCUAAUGACAGAUGUUUUUGGAAACUAUGUCAUACAGAAAUUUUUCGAGUUUGGAACUACUGAACAGAAAACCACAUUAGCACAAAAGGUGCGUGGACAUGUUUUGAACCUGGCGCUGCAGAUGUACGGCUGUCGCGUGAUACAGAAGGCGUUGGAGUCGAUCCCGGCAGAACAGCAGCAAGAAGUGGUGCGAGAACUGGACGGACAUGUUCUCAAAUGUGUCAAAGACCAGAAUGGAAACCAUGUUGUACAAAAAUGUAUCGAAUGCGUGGAACCAACGGCUCUUCAAUUUAUAAUCAACGCAUUUGCGGGACAAGUGUACGCCUUAUCCACGCACCCGUACGGCUGCCGCGUCAUUCAGCGCAUCUUGGAGCACUGCACGCCCGAGCAGACGGCACCCGUAUUGAGCGAACUGCACGCCCACACCGAUCAGCUCAUACAGGACCAGUACGGCAACUACGUGGUGCAGCACGUGCUGGAGCACGGCGCGGCCGAGGACCGCUCGCGGCUCGUGGCCGGCGUGCGCGGCAAGGUGCUGCAGCUGUCGCAGCACAAGUUCGCGUCCAACGUGGUCGAGAAGUGCGUGUCGCACGCCACGCGCAACGAGCGCGCGCUACUCAUCGACGAGCUCUGCGGCUUCAACGACAAUGCACUACAUGUUAUGAUGAAGGAUCAGUACGCGAACUAUGUGGUACAAAAGAUGAUUGACGUAGCAGAACCGACGCAGCGAAAAGUAUUGAUGCACAAGAUCCGACCGCACAUCGGCUCGCUGCGCAAGUACACUUACGGGAAACACAUCAUCGCCAAGCUGGAGAAGUUUUUCAUGAAGGCGCCGGAGCUGGGGCCAAUCGGACCGCCGCCGCCCAAUCCUGUGCUGUAGUCUGUGUAAAGUAUUAAACGUCCGCGGGUGUAGGCUGAUGCGACGGCGCGGGUAUCGCCCGCCUAUUAUAAAUUUUGUGAAUAUUUGCGAUUGUACAUUUGUAACUAUAGAGCUCGUCGCUUCGUCGCCCGCUGCCCGCCGCAGCUGGCGGCAGCGCGGCGGGCGCCCUGUACAUACCGUAGCGGCUGACUGAUGUACAGAACGAUACGAUAUACUGUAUACUGUAACAAUAGUUGUACAGCGUCGACGCCGACUCCGGUGCUCGGCCGUCGCGUCACCGCGGCGUAGCGUUUAUUGCGUUUCUAGCUCUUAAGUGUUCUAGUAUUAUUCGUUGUUCGUAUGAAUCUAUGUAUAAAUAUUUGAACGUCUCUCAUUCUCGUGUAAUUUAUGAAUCGAAGGAAAGCGGCGGUUCUGCGGACCCCGGCGUUUCCAUAAUUUUAGCUCGUUGUAGAUUUACUAUUAGCUGGGCUAGGGGACCUUGAAUCUUCUGAAGCGAUAAAGAGAUGCCGCAGGCAGUUCUGGACAAUCGGCACUAUAGUCGUGAUUAUUAUAUUAUUAUUUUGUACUAUUCUUCAAGUCAAGCUCUCGUUUAAGUUAUAAACCGGCUUUUAAAUCGUACAUAGCUUAUCUCGUUUAGUGCCGGAGUGUAUAGUUCGUCGAUUAUAAUUUUGUGAAAAUGAUAUUUUUGUAUAUUUUUAUGUAAUUAAUUUAAGUUAUUUAGUUAAUGAGUCUCCGAAAAUGAUCGGAGCGAGCGCUUACGAGUGGGCGAUGCUUUUGUUAUAGUGUAAGCGCAGCAGUGUCCCGCGCUGCGCGUAGGUUAUAGUGAUGAUUGUAAAGUCCUGUACUGAUAGUUGUAGUCCCGAGGUCUACCUUGCCGGUUGCACGUCACAAGCGUAGCUACUCCUCAUUCCCCCUGUGUAAUUAAUUUUUAUAGGAAGCGUAGUUUCCUACGACACCUCAAGAUUUUUUACGUUUAGAUGUAAUUGAAAAUAAAAUUAUUGUAUAUGGCUGUACAAAAAUGUUAACAAAAAAUGAUUUGUAAAACCCGUAUGUGAUGGAAUAAGGCGAGACGUUGAGAACGGCGAGGUUUGACUGAUCGCGGUUCUGUACGUCACGUCUUGUAGGUUGUACUAGAUAACAUUUAUAUGAUGAUCCAUCUAUUUAGACAUUAAUUACAAUAAAGCAUUUCUGUAAUAAUAUUACAAAGAA